CAACGACCGCCGCUGGAGCGCGCGAACGCAUCGGUCGCCUCGCACUCGCCGGUCACGGAUCAUGCCCGCGCAGACACGCGGCGCCAGGCGCAAGUCACUCGGGCUCCCGCCCAAGGAAAAGCAGGAGCGCUUCGACCCGUCCUCGCCGUCCAAGGCGAAGACUGGCAAGAAGGCCGAGGGCUGGGGCGCCCCCGAGCGCACCGGCUUCUGGGCGAACGUCUACGGCACGUGCGGCGUGCUCGCCAUCAUCGGCACCACCCCGUUCAUCGCGGUCAUCGUCUGGCACAUGUUCGUCAACCUCGACGGCUCGCUCGCCUCCAUCGUCGCCGCCUUUCAGAAGGACGGCCUCUCGUUGAUCGCCAAGAUCUGGCCGUGGACCUCCAAGCGCGCGUGGCAGCUCCUCGGAUCCUACGCCGCCUUCGAGGCCCUCCUCCAGGUGUACAUGCCGGGUAAGAGGUUCGAGGCGAACCCCACCGCGGCGGGCAACGUUCCGGUGUACAAGGCCAACGGCGUCCAGUCCCUCGUCGCCACGGUGAUCGCCUUCUUCCUCUGCUGGCACCUCGGCUUGACCACCCCGCUCGAGGUGUACUCGCUCUUCGGAGAGAUGCUCGCGGGUAUGUCCUUACUCGCGAUCGUCUUCUGCGUUUUCCUGCUCGUCAAGGGCCACGUCGCGCCCACCGACGAGGACAGCGGCUCGUGCGGCAACGUCGUGUACGAUUUCUGGUGGGGCAUGGAGCUCUAUCCGAAGAUCGGCCCGCUGAACCUCAAGCAGUUCACCAACUGCAGGUUCGGCAUGAUGGCGUGGGCGAUCCUCCCGAUCAUCUUCGCGUGCCACCAGUACCAGCGCGACGGUUUCCUCGCCGACUCCGUCGCCGUGUGCGUCGCGCUCAUGUGCGUGUACAACUUCAAGUUUUUCGUCUGGGAGACUGGAUACUUCAACAGCAUGGACAUCCAGCACGACCGCGCGGGGUACUACAUCUGCUGGGGAUGCCUCGUGUGGGUUCCCGCGGUGUACGCGUCCCCCGCGCUGUACAUCGCGUCGGUUCAGCCCCCGGUUAACCUGGGCCCGCGGCUGGCGGCGGCGAUCUUCGCGCUCGGCUGCCUCUCCAUCUGGAUCAACUACGACUCGGACCGCCAGCGUCAGGAGUUCCGAGCCAGCGGCGGCAAGAAGAAGGUGUGGGGCAAGAAGCCCGUCAUCGUGGAGGCUGAGUACAAGGUGGCGAAGGACGGAAGGACCGUGACGAAGAAGAGCAUCCUGCUCGCGUCUGGCUGGUGGGCAAUCGCCAGGCACUUUCACUACCUUCCGGAGAUCUCCGCGUCGUUCUUCUGGACCGCGCCCGCGCUCUUCGGCAAGCUCCCGCCUUACCUUUACGUCAUCUUCCUCACCGUGCUUCUGAUCGACCGGAGCAUGAGGGAUGACACGAGAUGCUCGCUCAAGUACGGCAAGUACUGGAAAAAGUACUGCGAGCUCGUGCCGUACAAGAUCGUCCCGGGGAUCUUCUAAGGGGCGACCGAGCAGAGACGGUCGCGAUCGAUUCAUUUUUAUUAUGCGCGGUCGCCUCGCGCGCGGUCGCCUCGCGCGCGGUGGCGCACCGCGAUUGAUUUGACGAGGGGGAGAGUUCUGUGUUGUAAUGACGACGACAUUCUUUCUUUUG